AUGUCUCGGGAGGAGUAUAUCGGUCUGCGAGUUCACUUUGAAACACUUAUCCAUAGCCACGCUGAGCCCGGUGCCAGGCUGGUUAAGAAGAAGAACUUAAAACCUCGCAAACGUAAACACGACGUACUUUGGUGGGUCCAAGUCAUAAUAAAAAAUCAGCAACAAGAACUAGUUUCCGUUCCUUUGUCAGGGGAAUUAGAGCAAGAACCUCCGAACCAAAAUUUGACAUCCGAAUUGACUACGCUUACAACAAUAUUGGAUACUACUUCAACACAGAAUAGAGAUGAGAAUAUUACUUCUAUUGAUGUAAACAUUAAUAUAGUGGUGCCUAAUAAAAAUGACCUUGAAUUUUCGUCCGAUGAUUCAGUCACUGAUCCUUCAUUUGUCGCCCUCUCAGACAUAACAAAUUUAAAGCCACUAUCACCAGCAAAUACGGAGUGGUUUCCCGAAAGGGAAAUAGAAAAUACGGCGAAGAAAAAUGGAAGAAAGCGGAAAGGGAAUCCUAAUAACUGGAAAAGAAUAAUAAAUAAGCGGCACAGGGUGAUGGGCGAGGAAUACAUUGGAUUUAAAAAAGAUGGCACUAAAUUCGUUCAAAAUGAUCCUAAACCCGCCAGAAUAAUGGGUCCAAUAUGUACAUAUGUCGAAGAGAUGUUUCAGUGGUAA